AUGGAUACUUCACCUUCCAAACAAUAUCCAGUGAAAAAACGAGUGAAAAUUCACCCUAAUACAGUGACAGUAAAAUAUACCUCCCAUUACCCGCAACCUGGAGAAGAAGAAUAUGAAGGAGCUAGUGAAGACAAUGAUAGUUUUGUAGAAGAUAAUCCAAAGAGGAGGCUGCUGAGUGAUGGGCGAUCGAAAGGAAGGUCCUUCUUUGGAACGAUAGACAUCCCUUCUCAGGCCACACAAAAGCCAGAAGCCACCAAGAGUGAGCCAGGCCAAGAUUUCAUAGAAGGAAGCAUUUUUCAAUCCAGAAAGACUUGGGCUGUGCUUUUUGGAUCUGCUUUGGCCCAUGGUUGUGUAGCCUUGAUAACUAGACUGGCUUCUGACCGUUCCAAAGUGCCAUCUCUAGAACUGAUCUUCAUUCGGUCUGUCUUGCAAGCGUUUUCUGUCUUAGUUGUGUGCUAUUACCAAGAGGACCCUUUUGGACCAAAAGGCCACAGAUUGCGGCUGUUCUUCUAUGGAGUGUGCAAUGUUAUUUCCAUUACCUGUGCUUACACGUCUUUCUCAAUAGUGCCCCCAAGCAAUGGGACUACUCUGUGGAGAGCUACCACCACAGUCUUCAGUGCCAUUCUGGCCUUUUUACUAGUAGAUGAGCGAAUGGCUUGUGUUGAUGUAAUUACUGUGCUGUGUAGUGUUUUGGGUGUUUGUCUGGUCAUAAUCCCCAACAUUGUUGAUGAAGAAAGUUCUCUGCUGAAUAUCUGGAAGGAGGCAUUUGGUUACACAAUGACAGUCAUGGCAGGCUUAACAACAGCUCUCUCCAUGAUAGUAUACAGGUCAAUCAAGGAUAAUGUCAGCAUGUGGACAGCACUGUUUACCUUCGGUUGGACUGGCACACUGUGGGGAGCUUCCACCAUGUUUUUUCUACAGGAGCCAAUUAUUCCACUGAAUGGAGAAAGCUGGAGCUAUCUCAUGGGCAUCUGUCUGUGUUCCACAGUGGCUUUUCUGGGGGUCUAUUAUGCCUUGAGUAAAUUCCAUCCAGCCUUGGUCAGCACAGUACAGCAUCUUGAGAUUGUGAUAGCCAUGGUCCUUCAGCUUCUUGUAUUACGCAUCUUCCCCAGCAUCUAUGAUAUGAUUGGAGGAGCUAUUAUAAUCAUCAGUGUCUUUUUUCUUGCAUGUUAUAAACUGUCUUGGAAGAAAUUAAAAACACAAGAUUAUCAAGAGAUACUGGAUUCUUCCAUUAAGUGA